AUGGCAAUCCAAAAAUCUCUCCUCGCAGCUCUUGCGCUGCUCGGAGCCACUGCCCAGGCCGCUGGCGUCUCUAGAAAGGCAUUCGGUUUCGCAACUGGCACCACUGGUGGUGGAAGUGCAAGCGCCGCUUCCCCCAGUGACACUGCCGAGUUGACCUCGUGGUUGACCGACAGCACCCCCCCCAAGUGCACCGACUGCAAAUGCUGCAAGCCCUCGUCCAACACCUGCGGUAGCUCUGGUCAAAACGCCAUUGAUCUCGACUCCUCCAGCUGGUGUGGUAGCUAUCCCACUCUGACCUGCACCUAUGACAAGGCCGCUCUUGAGGGUAUCGAUGUCGCCUCUAACAAGUCCAUCGUUGGUGUUGGAAGCGCUGGUGUACUUCGUGGUAAGGGUCUACGUAUUCGCAAUGGCGUUAGCAAUGUCAUUAUCCAGAAUAUCCACAUCACCGAGCUGAACCCCCAGUACAUCUGGGGUGGGGAUGCUAUUACCCUGGAUGGCUCAGACCUGGUCUGGAUCGACCAUGUCAAGACUUCUUUGAUUGGUCGCCAGCACUUUGUUGCUGGCUACGAGGCUAGUGGUCGUGUCACUAUCUCCAACAGCGAAUUUGACGGACAAACAAGCUGGUCCGCCACCUGCGAUGGCCACCACUACUGGACCAUCCUCGGCUACGGAAAGAAUGACAAGGUCACCUUCACUGGCAACUACAUCCAUCACACCUCCGGCCGUUCGCCGAAACUCGAGUUCAACAGCUACUGGCACGCCUACAACAACUACUGGUACAAUAACACUGGCCAUGCUUUCGAUGUCGGCGAUGGAACCAAUGCCCUGAUUGAAGGCAACGUCUUCAACCAAGUCGAUACACCCUUCCUGGAUGACAGCUCGCCCGGCAAGACCUACGCCGUCAGCGCCAGCGACAAGUCAUCCUGCGACUCUGCCCUCGGCCGCACCUGUGUCGCCAACACCCUCACCUCCUCUGGUGAACUGUCCGCCUCGGACUCAUCUGUUCUGUCCAGCUGGCCAAAGGGCGAGUUCGGCAUCUCCGUCGUCGACGCCAGCCGCGUCAAAUCUGCGGUCCUGAAAAAUGCUGGCAUUCACGCCUAG